CCAUGGACAUAGACCGCAUGAAGGCACUGUGGGGUACGUCGCUCUACUCACGAUCGCGCGGCAAUCGAAAGCCGUAUACAGAUCCGCCUCAGAUACAGGUAAUGUACCUCCGUUUUCGAAGCUCGUUCAAAUCAGUGCGAUAUGAUAUCCGUUCUACUCCAGAUUGCGAAUCCGUGAUUAAGCUCCUUAUCAUGUAUGGGUUCGUCCGUGAAGUACGAAAACGCAGCUGCAUAUCUUGCACUGUGCUCUGAUUUCGCAUGCUAUUCGCUCACAUGAACGCCGAUUAUCUGUAGGGCCACGCUUGACUGCAGGACAAAUGGCGUUCGAUUACCAUUGUGAAAGCCGCGCGGCAUAGAUCGGAUACUUAUACCGGCUUUAAACCCCUGCGUUGUCACACCUGAGGACUUAAGGCUGACCCCCAGCAGCGAACCUCUGGUACAACAUGGAAUCCCUUCCGAUAGGAGCGGUCGGCGUCUUGCUGGUCUCGAUUCUCCUUUUCUUGGCGCUUCGACGUUCGAAGCAGCGUCCUCCCCUGCCACCGGGGCCCAAGGGACUCCCUUUGAUAGGCAAUCUCUUGGAUAUGCCAACGCAUUACCCAUGGAAAACCUAUGUAGAAUGGGGGCGCAGAUAUUGCUCAGACGUGGUGCAUAUUCAAUUGUUGGGAUUCCAUCUAGUUGUCAUCAAUACAGCACGAAGUGCGGCUGAAUUGCUUGAUAAGAAGUCGACGAUAUACUCGGAUCGCCCAUGGCUGACCAUGAUGUGCGAUCUGGCGAACCACGCGGACUGGGAUAUAGCGUUAAUGUCCAACAACGCUAGAUGGAAGGCAAGCCGCGUUCAGUACCAGAGAGUUCUUAGCAGCGAAAGGUCGAAACAAUGGAGGCGAAAGCAGACCUUGGCCGCGUACGCAUUCGGUCGCUCUCUGCUAGAUGCGCCCGGAGAACUCUUUAAACAUACACGCUACUCUGUAGGGUCUAAUAUCCUCAAUGUGACAUACGACAUACACGCGUUACCCAACGGCGAUCCCUGGAUCAAUCUGGCAGAGAGAGCCAACGAGAUCGGAAACGCGGCUAUAAGCCCGGGAUCCUACCUUGUGGACGUAUUUCCAAAACUCAAAUACCUUCCGUCUUGGUUCCCUGGCACAGGGUUUAAAAGAGACGCGCUUGAAUUCAAGAAGGUCGGGGAAAGCUUGCUUCACGAUCCGUAUGAUCACGCGAAGAGGAUGAUGUUGACGCGCAAUAACGAGGAAUCUAUCGUCUCCGAGCUUCUUGGAGAACUUGACGAUAGCGCAACUGCUGAGCAACGACGGGAGGUGGAGAUGACGACGAAGCGGAGUACAUCGGUACUCUACGGGGCCGGCGCCGAAACCAACGUCGCAGCCUUGAAUACCUUCUUUCUGGCUAUGCUGUUGUAUCCAGACGUUCAAGAGAACGCGCGGAAGGAGGUCAGCAGAGUCACCAAGGAAGGCCGGCUUCCUGACUUCUCGGACGACUUGCCAUAUAUACGCGCCAUCGCAAAGGAGUGUCUUAGAUGGAGGCCGCCCGUCCCGCUGGGCAUUCCACAUCGGGUCACCCAAGAUGACGUUGGGCUCGGUUACAGAAUUCCCAAGGGAUCUAUAGUGGCCGGAAAUAUCUGGGCCAUACUGCACGAUGAGCACGUUUACCCCCACACCUCGGAAUUCGACCCAAACCGCUUCAUGGGCUCGGACCCUAACCCCGACCCGGACGCCGUGUUCGGCUUCGGCAGACGUAUUUGUCCGGGUCGGUUCUUUGCCAUCGACGCGCUCUGGAUCAUGAUCGCUACCACCGUCGCGGCGUUCGACAUUGAGAAAGCGCUCGACGCCGACGGGCGUGUCGAAGAGCCCACGGCACAGUAUACGUCGGGUUUCCAGAGCCGCCCACUUCCUUUCAAAUGCACGAUCAAACCCCGUACACUGGAGAUGGCGUUAUUGGUCCGCUUGACCGCCCCGGAUUCCACGUAA